CCCUGUUGGACGCACUCAAGGCCACCUUCUUCGGUGCUCCGUUGGGACAUCAUUUCCUCUCCAGCGCUUCCACCCUCUCCCAGGCCCCUGAUCCACUGUUCGGCCGCGGAGGCCACUAACCACAAGGGGGAGGGGGGAAUCACAGUAUCAUAGUCUCCAUGGCCUCGUAUCCGCAUCAUCCAGACACGGCCUUGGAGGCCUUCUCGUGCUGUGAUGAAGAGCCCUGGCAGACCUCUGCAAACAUGCAGAGAAGCAUGUCCCAGUCAACAAGUCGAACGGUCGACAGCAGCUACACGGCCAGCUCGUAUUCAUCCGGCUACUACUCGACCAGCUACUCGUCGACCGGUCUUCCCCCCAUUGAGGACGAAACGUGCUUCGAAUCUGCUCCGGCCGUCGUCUAUUCAGCCCCAUAUCUUGAACCGGACGAUACUGACCACCUCCUCUCUGCCACGGGGUCGCAGUACCAGCAGUCCGGGCAGAAGUUACCGCAAGCUCUGCAACUCUACACCCCUUUGCAGCUGUUCGACAGCAAGGUGGCCAGCAUCGAGGAGGCCGCGGAGCAGGCCACACUAAACGCGAGGUCUCGAAUCGCCAGGGCGGGAGCGUACGGUCUGCGGGAGCUGUCGGUCGUCAAGUGUGAGUUGGUCGAAGAAGCUCGGCAGGCGCUCCAAGGGCAGGGCUUGGAGGCAACCCACCGCGCGGCGGUGCAGAAGGCUGUUUACGAGGUCCUCCAUCGCCACUUCAACGACAUAGAGGCCUCGUAUGUUGACCCGAGCAGCGUGUUGGACGAAGCCGCCUACCAGCUGCAGGGGUGGCUCCAAGGGCCGGAAGCACUCAAAAUCUGCUACUUGGCUAUUGUGGCGGUCCUCGCAGAGCUGCGCAAGAACCUCGAGGCUGAGUGCUCCGGUGCACCGGCACAUCGCAGUUUUGAUCACAAACUAGCCCCGGCCAGGCCUCCAGCGGAGAAAGCAAAAUACCUCUGCAACUAUCCCGGGUGCAACAAGGGGGCCAGUCGGCCGGCCGACUUGGAGCGCCACUACAGAAUCGUGCACCUCGAGGAGGACGAGAAGACGAAGUACCUGUGCGAUUACAAGCGCUGCGGUCGCCAUGCCGACCCGUUCUUCCGCCAGGACCACUUCCGCGACCACCUCCGGGUCUACCACAAGGAAGACCUCCUGCGCCGGGGCAGCCGGGGCAGCCGAGAGUGGUGGAACUCCCGCUCCCCGCACGCGCUGUACGGAGGCUGGUGGCGCUGCAGCCGCUGCCUCGUCCGCGUCGACCAGGCCAGGCACAGCUUCGUCUGCCCCAGCUGCGGGAACCCGUGCGAGAGCGAGCGGCAGAGAUACCGGCUGAACGCCAAGGCCUGAAUCCAGAGCAGAGGAUGCCGUAACAGCCAGAAUCA